AUGCAUUUUACGAGUAGUAUCACCUGUAUCGAAACGUCAUUUACAGGGACUACAACCCACCAAGCUCACCUUCAAGCUUCAUACAUAAUAUUUACUUACAUACAACAUACCUAGCAAACAGCUCGCCGCUCCGACACAAGACACCAUGGCAGAAAACAUACCAACACAGAUCGCCGAGACGAUCCAGACGGCACAUAUCCAGCGAAACCCGUCGCCGCAGCACGACCUAAACCCUUCGUCCUCGCUAUCGGAAAAGCAGCCCGUGCACCUGCGAGAACGACACUCGCUCGACUCGGACCUAGACGACUACGAGGAAGCCGACGACGACGACGACGACGAAAGCGAGAUCCCAAUCAGCGUGUUGAAGCCCCACCCCCGAUCUAGGAAUCUCCCGCCCAUGCCGGAUCUGCGCUUCGAGCAGAGCUAUCUGCACAGCAUCGCGAAGGCGGAUACGUGGUGGAAGGUGGCGUGGAUUACGGUGCGGGACCAGAUGAUGAUGCCGUUCGCCCAAGGCGUCCUGUAUAACCUGGCGCUGCACGGCUGGCACCACUGGAAUAAGAACGCCCAGAUCAGCGGGACCUCGGUGGGCGCGCGCCUGCGCCGCUGGUGGUACGGCGUUAAUAACUGGCCGCUGCCCCCACGGAAGAUGGCGGGAGCUGGCGCUAAGGUGAAGGCAAGAGCUUGAAUAUGCUUCUUCAUAUAUAUAUAUAUAUAUAUACCUAUACAUACACAUACAGACCACAAAUGCAACAGAAGAGAGAGAAUAAUCAUGGCGCGGCAGCAGUCGAGUUCACGCUCACAACCCGGUCUCGACCUCGACCUCGACCUCGGCCCCGGUUUCGGUCUCGGGCUUGCUAGACGCGAGCGCUGCGAUAUGCCUAGUCUAUACGCGUGCUACGGACGGACGUGUCUCGGGGGUCGGAGCUGGAGCACGUAAAGAAAGAAGCAGGAG